AUGCAGGACGAAAUAUUUCACGUGCCCCAGGCUCAAGCCUAUUGCCAGGGAGAUUACGGGACGUGGGAUCCCAAGAUCACCACACCGCCAGGUUUGUACGCGUUUGCGGUGGCGUACGCGGGGCUCUUAACGGCCCUUAGAGAAGCGUUGCUCCUGCUCCAAGGCACGGCAACUGCUAGUAGCCGUGUAGCAGGGCUCUUCAUCAGCCAGGAGCAAUGCGUCGCGGCAGUGCUGCGGCAGGCGAACUGGGGGCUAUCCCUGGGAGCUUUGGCGGUGAUGAGAUCGCUCUUUGUGAGACGCAUGGCUCCCGGCAAGGCGCUCGCCCACGCCUUGCUGUUGUGGCUCUACCCCGUCUCCUUCUUCUUCUCCUUCCUGCUCUACACGGACACCGGGGCCACGUUCUUCGUUCUUCUCUGCUACCUCUUGGCCACGGGGCCCCCGAGGGGAGGGGGGUGGGGCAGGAGACUUGCAAGCGCGCUGGCGGGCGGCGUGUCCGUGCUGUUCCGGCAGACCAACGCCGUGUGGGUGGCCUUCACGCUGGCCGCUUGCCUCUUGGACGACUUCACCCCGUCGGUUGUUGCUGCUGUUCGCGUUAGCCCCGGCGGCGACGUCUCGGCGCGCGCCCCCGCUGGUGCCCUUGCUGUCGAGCCCUCCUCCCGUCGAGCUCGAGACGCAGCAGGUACCGGUAGCCGGCUGAAGUCGGCGGGGUCUUGGGAGCAUCCUCUAGCGCCUCCUUGUGCCGGCGAUGGUGCUGCUGCCGAGGCCGUCGGUGGUCUCGACGAAGGGGGAGCGGCCACCACGAGGAGAAGCGGCGAGCGCUCAUCGCCUUCCCCGCUGCAGCAAUCGACGACAACGACGAGAAGGAGAAGAAGAAACACCGAUCAAAAGCGGGUCGGAUCCGGGUCGCAGCAGGACGCGGAGGUGGGCCUAAGCAGAGGAGGAGGAGGAGGAGGAGGAGGUUUAGGUACCGACGGAGAACAAACCACCGGCGGCAGCAACAACGACAUCGAUUCCGCGCAGCCGAGAAACGGCGGCGCCCACCCAUCCCUCCCGCCGACCCCGCGCCUGCUGCUAGGACUCGCGAGGGCGGCCUUGACGGAUGCCUCUAGGGGGGGGACGCUACUGCGCGCCCGAGCGCCGCUCGCCAUCCCUGUGGCCCUGUUCGCCGUGUUCGUGUGGGGUUUCAACGGAGGCGCCGUUGUGAUCGGGGACAAGGAGAACCACUCCCCGGGGGGUCCGCCUCACCUCGCGCAGCUGGCGUACUUGGCCGCCACGGGCGCGUCGCUGUGGGGGGUUGUGGGGGGGCGGGAGGCGUUGUUGGGGCGGGAUGCGCGGAGGGGCUUCGCGCGGUGGGCCGGGGGAGGGCGGGGGCGCGUUGCGACGGUUGUGGCUGGCGUGGCGGCGGUGCUGUGGAGGUACAGCCUGGCGCACCCUUUCUUGCUCUCCGACAACCGGCACUACCCCUUCUACGUCUGGCAGCGAUUGCUGAGCCGCGUCUACGUUCGCGUCGCGCUCGCCCCGGCGUACGUGUUCUGCGGCUGGCUGGUGACGUCACGCCUCCUCCGCAGGAAGCCGCCGCUGUGGGUUCUGACGUACGUGGGGGCGGCGGCCGUCGUUCUGGUGCCGUCCCCCCUGCUGGAGCCAAGGUACCUCACCAUGCCGCUGCUCCUAGCCCACCUAGAGUCUCCAGAGAGGAGCUGGAAGUCAUUGGUGGUGGGCGUUGUGGCGUGUGCAGCGGUGAACGCGGUGACGAUCUACGUCUUUCUCGCACGCCCGUUUGCCUGGCACGACGGCUCUUUGGCACGCUUCAUGUGGUAG